UGGCGGAACGACCGGCGUUUCGGAGUUCGGAGAGCGCGUAUCGGUAGUUGCGAGACGAGGCAGUUGGUGACGGGUUGCGGUCGUCCAGUGUGUCGUAGUGAACGGUUUUCAUCGCCUUUUCCUUCCCUCCUUGUGUUCAAAAAUGAGCUGGCAGGAUUACGUUGAUAAGCAGCUGCUCGCGUCUAGGUGUGUUACCAAAGCGGCGAUCGCCGGACACGAUGGCAAUGUGUGGGCGAAAUCUGAAGGCUUCGAAGUAAGUAAAGAAGAACUGGCGAAAUUAGUGCAGAGUUUCGAAGAGCAAGACAUCCUGACGUCGUCCGGGGUUACCUUAGCUGGCAAUAGGUACAUCUACUUGUCGGGCACGGACCGUGUGAUAAGGGCAAAACUCGGCAAAGUCGGCGUCCACUGCAUGAAGACGACGCAAGCCGUAGUUGUCUCUCUGUACGAGGACCCCAUACAACCACAGCAAGCCGCAUCUGUCGUUGAAAAACUGGGCGAAUACCUCGUGUCCUGCGGCUAUUAGUAACCUCUGGGACCCAACAUAAAUAUCUAAUAUUAAUAAUAAACGAUACGAUCGAUUAUUUUAAUGAACAGCGAAUGGAACAUGCGCCAUACCGCACGAGUUGCCCCGGAAUUGCCGCACGCCCUGCCGCGCGACUCACGAUGAAAAUGCAGCGACACAGCAGCAACAGCAGUAACAAAUACACAGCCGAGAACAGCGCAUCUACCAUUACUGCUCCAGUCAUUAUUCUUUUCUCAAUUUUUGUUUCUUUGACGCGACGUAGAGAACGGAAAGGAAGGCACGCGCGAUUUCAUGCUGAGUAUUGCUGAGUAAACGCACGUACCAUACGUAAACAACGACGCACCCCUUCUCCCUCUUCCUCUUUUUCCCAUGCUUUUUAUCGUAAAAACCUGUGUUGUUUCUCUCUUCUCCUUUCGUUCUCCGUUCUCUUGUCUUCUCGGUCAUACACGUAUACGUACUUAAGCAUCGUAGAUACGUGUGAAUAGGUACGCGUGUCUCGUGUCCUGUCAUCGUGUUAUGUCCUGUGAUGCGUACGAGCGUCGGAGAUUAUGGGGAAACUUCGGCGUCUUAUCGAUAUCGAUAUUAAUAUCGAUGUCAUUUGCCACAUCUGCUCUCUAUCUGCUCCCAAUCCCUGUAAUGAUCGCGCAGCAAUGCGAGUCUCGACGGCUGUGACGCGCGAGAGAGAUGCGAGAUCACAUCUGAGACGCCGACGCGUCGCGAGGAAUGAUGACAAGGAUCGAUGGCGGUUUUGACGAUCGAUCGGUGGGAGAAUCGCCGCUAUCCGUGCGAGAGCUGGUGACGCACGUUACAAGACGUCAUUGACAUCAUAGCAUUGAAGUAUAAUGGUUACGUUCAGCAGAAAAAAAUCAGUUGACGCUUAAUGAUUCUUUGAUACGAUUAGUUCUUGCUUUUAAUUCUUUGCUGGAUCUAAAUGAAGGAACCAAUCGUAUCUCAAGAAUCAUUAAGCGUUAACUGAUUAAUUUUCUCUGCUGAACGCAGUCCAUAAUACUGGAACGAGCGCUGACGCUAAUUUCUCGGGUAACAAAUGUUAAGAAUACUCCAGUCACCUCAAAUUUUGAUAUGAAAAUCGUGCUCGCAUCGCAACAUUUCGUGGCUGACAGAUUUCCGAGCAGAUUUCCUGAAUAGUCGUCAACUUUAACGAUUAAUAUCUCAGUUCACAGGAUAGCGACGCUUUUUUCUUGUUAAAUCUUUAUUUUUAUAGGAAAACGCAUCGAUUAAGUGUAUUUUUAUCACAAUUUAAAACGACAGGGGUAUUCUUAAUGCUGAUUCUACAAUGAGUCGGUAGUCAGAAAUCUUAGUCUUAAUCGGUGAAGUUGGCCAAUCAGCGUUAGUCGUACAAGUUGGCUAUUGGUCAACUUCACUGAUAAGACUUAGGACCGACUCAUUGUAGAAUCAGCAUAACAAUUACCAUUUCACGAUCCGACGAAGAGGAUUCUAUGUGGUCUUUUUAAUGCAAUUUGGCUAAAAGUUUCAUUACUACAGAUUGGAUUAUGCGCCGAAUUGUCUCUGGUGAGAGACGUAUAUCGUAUCAAAUUGAAACAAAAGAUUAGGUUAAAUUAAAGGACUUAAUCUAUAUUUUAAUGAAAUACACUUAACGUAUUAGUAUAUAGUAGUGUAUGUAAUAUAUAUGCUACGUAUACUACUAAACUUUUUUUUACGAAAAUGUAUCCUACUAUACUAUUUACUGCACUUGCGCAGUAUAGGUUAGAAAAGGACUAAGACAUCACUUGGAUCACUUAUAGAUAUUCUUUCUUAGGAUGCACUGAAUAUAACCUUGCAUCGCACCAAUUGCGUGUAAGCGCUGCACUAUACUGAAGUGGUGUAUAUUACACCAUGAUGUAUAUUAUUUCAUUAUUGCACUAAAAUCCUACUCCUGUUUUACUUCUAUUUUCAAAUUUUAAAUGUCACACUCGCUCUACACCGUUCCUUUGAGACGGAACGUAGCAAAAUCGUAUUUGGUACAUAAAACAUGUCAAAACACAUUACAUCGAAUGAGUUUAUCUAUCAUCAGCCAUGGAAACACACUACUAAGUGUUGCACUGGUGGGCGAUAAUGCAGCUAAGGAAAAGUGCUAUUAAUGAAGGCGGCAUAGAGCCGCGCUCGUUCCAGUGUUAUAUUUUAGUACAUCAUAGACAUUCGUAAGCGAUGCGAGUGCACGAUUUUUUGAUUGAAAAAACGUGGCGUAUGAUCUUUUGCACGAUCUCACUAUUAUGGAUCUAGUAACGGAGAUAGGCAAAUCAGGUCUGGAAUCUGGCAUGCCUUUGUCAUCAAAAAAUUAAGACCCGACCAACGUUAUUUUGACUUUAAGCGAGGCUCGAAACUCUUUACUUCUGUUUCUCCCUCUCUCUUGGCUUUAGGCUCGAUUGCACCAACGUUACUUUAACUUUAAACGGAGGUUUGAAACUCUCUUGCUCUAUGUCUCUCUCGGCUUUAAAAAGAGAGAGGGAGUUUUAAGCUUCGCUUAAAGUCGAAGUAACGUUGGUGCACUCUGGUCUUAAAGAAAGAAAGUGAGAGUUUUAAGCUUCGCUCAAAGUAACGUUGGUAUAAUCGGGUCUAAAAGGCGCGAAUCGCAAUUGAUCAUAACAUGAGUGGUGAUUCGCUAUGGGAUGAAUGACAAUUUUAAAUGCGACGUCACAUCGUCUUUCAUUUCUUGCGUUACACGCGCUUGGUUUUUUUUUUUGUUUCGGAAAAGGAGGAGUCACCAGAGUAUCUUCUGUGAGAAAUCGGAUCAUUAGCUUGAAUUUAUCGGAGAUAAUUUUGUCACUGCUUGUGAAGAAUAUAUGUAUGAAAUAUUGUUUAAAAAUAAUAUGUUGUACGCGAAAACAAUCGAUUUCAUCUUGUAUCAUAUAUUUAACACACAAAGUAUAUACAGUUGCUUAUUUGCUUCAUGCAUUUACGCUUGUAUGAAGAAAUACACAUCAAUGAUCAAUCGACAAAUAUCAGAAAGAGAGAGAGUGAGAGGGGGGAGAGAGAGAGAGAGAGAGAGAAUGGAAGAGAGAGAGAAAGAGAAAUAAUGAUAAUAAAUAAUAUACUGUUGUGUGUUUAGGCUUACUAUCUUUUUUGUAGAGCACGAUAGGAUGAACAUGUGCGCGAGGCAGAGAGAGGGAGCACGCGUGUGUGUGUGUAUGUGUGUACGUAGGUUUGUUCCUACCAUAGCUCUUACUCCACAAACGUAUUGGAGUGAGUAGAAGCUAUGAUAGGGAGCAUGUUGAAGCAUGCGACGUGAACAAAUCUCCUUAGAUAGUAUACAACAUCCAUAACGUCUAUGAACGUUCUAUGAAUAUUUGUACAUUUUUAGAACAUUCUAUGAACGUUUUUAGAAAUUCUGUACUGUAUGGGUCGUGAUUGAUUGAGAAUGAGAGAAAAAAUAGAGAAUGAUCACGAAUUUUGAAAAUAACAGCGAGA